GCACACUUUACCGAAGGAGGACGGGGAAUCUGAAGACUCCAGAUGACAUCAAAGCUACUUUUCAACAGCCUUCUCAGUUUCCUUUCUCAGAAAGCAGAGGCUUAAAGCUUGGAGACAGAUGAGGGUCCCUGCUGCCUGCUUCCCUUUCGGCCAUGAUUGUUAAGUUUCCUGAGGACUCCCCAGCAAUUCAGAACUACUCCUGCCACCACCAUGAGAAGAUGCUGUUUCCAGCUUGAAGGAGAAAUAUAACAGAAGUCCAAUGAAAGAGAGCUGAGUGUCCCCAAUGAUGCCAUCGAGAUGAGCUAACUACAGUUAACCAGCCAGGUGACAGCAGAUACAUGAGUGAGCCCAUCUGAGAGCAGGUUUUCAUGCUUGCUGUGUAACUGAUUCUGGGCAUCUGGUGAAUGGCAGACAAGCCACAACCUCAAGGUUUUGGUAUCAGGAUGAUGCUGCCUUCACAAAAUGAGUUAGAAGAAAUUACCUAGAAAUACAACUUACAAGAUGAAGAAGAUGAAACCCUUUGAGUUUGGAAGGCUUUACAACAGAAUUCCUUUGAUGUAAUGCUGGGUAUAGAAUCCAGAUUUUUGUAGCUUUUACUUUGCUACACUUUGGCUGUGACACACUUCUUUCCUUCCCUUUGAAUCAGACUGGAAUUUAAUGUCUGUUCUUGAAGGUGCUUGCUUCUCCAUAGCCUUCCACCAUGAUUGUCAGUUUCCUGAGGUCUCACCAGCCAUGUGAAACUGGAUUUUACUUUGUCAUAAUCUCCCAUGAGAACUGGCCAAACAGCUGUGAAGGCAAGAGAGAGCUACAAGGGGCAAUCGUAUUCAUUAAAGCAGAGCAACAAGAGAGUGAAGCUGAUCAAAAUGAAUCUUUUCUGCAUUUCGCUGGAAGGUUCUAUGGAUAGCUUAUAUGAGCCGAUCCCAGAGCAACAAGCUAACCAAGAAAGCAUGUCCAGUAGAACUGAUUCUCCUAUCCCACCCUUUGGAGAGAGUGAACAAUCACCUAACAGUCUCUUCAUGGGAGUGUCUCAUUUGGAGAAUACAAAACCAAAAAAGAGAAAGUUAUUCCGGAGAUUUAUGUCUGAAAAUAAAAUAUUUGAAGGAAAAACUGUGAAUGACAAAACCUGGCAGGAACUCAGCAAGCAUAAGAAUGAUUCCCACAUCAGAAGGCCCUGUCAGCUAAAAGAUCUAAACGAAGAUGAUUUUCUAAGUAACAACAUGCAUACUCUUCAAGGAAAAACGCCACAAGGAACUUCCUGUCAGAUUACCUCUGAAUAUUGGAGUCCAUUUCACUAUCAAAGACAUGUUGAACCUACUCUUGAUGAAAUGGCCAUAAAAUCUGGCGGUGACCCAGUGGAAUCAAUGGGGACACUAAAGAGACUGCAGAAACUGGUUUGGACCAAGAAAGCCAGAGGGCAGAUUCUGGAUGAGGUGAAACCGACAUUAAUAAACCUCCAAGAUGAAGAUGACACGUUGAUUUCUUGUUUGAAAUUAACCAAAUCCCAAGAAAAGAAAACGAGUAAUGUUAGCACAAGCAGGAAGGAAGAAAUGGAGAUUAGGUCGGAUACUCUUUCUGCAACACAGGGUACAUCCAACACUUUAAAUGACUGCAACUUGGAAGAUAAAUUAGCUUGGUAUGAAGGUGAAGCUUACAUAUGGCAUCACUGGAAGCCUUUUCCUGAAAACCCUCUCUGGACAUAUGUUGAUUUCCAAAUAGCCGAGGUUGGACCCUGGGGCCACUGCUCCUCUUGUGUUCGCCACACACGUCUCAAGUCUUCCUGCUCAGAUAUGGAUCUCCUACAUUCAUGGCGAAGCAGCAGUUUUGGGAAUUUUGAUCGUUUUCGGAAUAAUUCUAUAUCAAAACCAGAUGAUUCAACUGAGGUACAUGACGGAGAUCCCAUACAUGAAAGUGGAGAAUCAAGUAAAACUUCAAAUAAUGGAGGUGGUUUGGGUAAAAAAAUGAGAGCUAUUUCUUGGACAAUGAAGAAAAAAGUGGGUAAAAAGUACAUCAAAGCCCUUUCUGAGGAAAAGGAUGAAGAAGAUGGAGAUGGUGCCCUCUCAUAUAGGAACAGUGACCCUGUGAUUGGGACCCACACAGAGAAGUUGUCACUCAAAGCCAGUGACUCCAUGGAUAGUCUCUACAGUGGACAGAGCUCAUCAAGUGGCAUAACAAGCUGUUCAGAUGGUACAAGUAACCGUGACAGCUUUCGACUGGAUGACGAUGUCCCCUAUUCAGGACCAUUCUGUGGUCGUGCCAGAGUGCAUACGGAUUUCACACCAAGUCCCUACGACACUGACUCCCUCAAAAUCAAGAAAGGAGACAUCAUAGACAUUAUCUGCAAAACACCAAUGGGGAUGUGGACGGGAAUGUUGAACAAUAAAGUAGGAAACUUCAAAUUCAUUUAUGUGGAUGUCAUCUCAGAAGAGGAAGCAGCCCCCAAGAAAAUAAAGGCAAACCAAAGGAGUAACAACGAAAAAUCCAAAACUCUGCAGGAGUUCCUAGAGAGGAUUCAUCUUCAGGAAUAUACCUCAACACUUUUGCUCAAUGGUUAUGAGACUCUAGAAGAUUUAAAAGAUAUAAAAGAGAGUCAUCUCAUUGAAUUAAAUAUUGAAAACUCAGAAGACAGAAGGAGGUUACUAUCAGCUGCUGAAAACUUCCUUGACGAAGAAAUUAUUCAGGAGCAAGAAAAUGAACCUGUGCCCCUAUCCUCGAGCCCGGACAUCUGCUUAAAUAAGUCACAGUUAGAUGACUGCCCAAGGGACUCUGGUUGUUAUAUCUCAUCAGGAAAUUCAGAUAAUGGCAAAGAGGAUCUGGAGUCUGAAAAUCUGUCUGACAUGAUACAUAAGAUUACUAUCACAGAGCCAAGCGACUGAGCACACAUUCUCAACUAUUACCUACAGAUGCGUUCCAUUUUAACUCUUCUUGAGCUAAAACAUCAAACAGGAGAGGAAAUAUUUGUAAAUAAAACCUAGAGUUUAAAUGUUUUAAUCUGAAUAAUUUGUACGUAAAAUUUUGUAUCUCUAACAUUCCAAAUUAUUGUCAAUAAAACACAUAUUUAUUAUUUUAAAUGCUAUAUGCUAAUAUUUCACUUGCCUGUAUUAGAAAAGUAUAAUGUAAGACUUCGGUAUGUGUGACAUAUGCUUUAUUUUAUAAAUACGAUACCUGCAAAAAACAAAGUCACCUUUUUUCAUACCUGCCAGUUUCGAAUUUUUAUAUGUUAUUGAAUAAAUAGUAGUAGAGGAACCUCUGUGGAAACAAGUGGUCCAAGCAAUGUUAUAUUCAUUUUUAUACUUAUUGGGAAAGUGUGAGUUAAUAUUGGACACAUUUUAUCCUGAUCCACAGUGGAGUUCUAGUAAUUAUAUUUUCUUGAUUUCUUCACCUUGUUUUCUGGUAUAAAAGUAAAGAUAAUGUGUUGUCACUUCUGGCUUAGUGAAACCAAUUGUAAUAAUUAUGCAGAUGUUUUUGUCUUUAAGUGUAAAUAUUUUUAAGUUUGACAUACCCUGAUGUUAAUAAUAAAAAGAACUAUUUGCACAUUUCA